CAAGCAGAUCAGCCGUGAUCUUAUUGAAAGGCAGAGCAGGCUACAAAAGAUUCCGCUGUCAAAGCAGAUAUAAAAUCUUAUUGGCUGAGCUACAAAACCAACGUCAGUUAGAAUUGGAAAGACAGAUUGAAGAAAGACGGCAAAUGGAAUUGGAACAAGAAAUGGAGAGAAAGAAACAGGAAAUGGAAUGGAAGAAUGAAAAAACGGUGGCACCUCCAAUUCCGUUCCCAAGGAAAAAGAAGCCUCUUCCACGACCUCGUUCUGCAGCUGUGGAUAAAUUUCGUAAUGCUGUCCAGCCUCCUGUUCCCAGACCCCGGAGUAAAUUAGUGGAGGCAACCCCAUUUGAUAAUUCUCGAGACCGCAUGAAUAGCAGCUGGUUACAGGAACAAGCCGAUAAGGAACAGCAGCAAAUCAACCAGAAGAGAGCCACAAUUCGUUGGUUCAAAGAGACUCAAGCUCGAAAAGUCAUUCAGAAUGGCACUUUUCCGUGCUGGUUCCAUGGGAUGAUUACACGGAGAGAAAGUGAAGACUUGCUGGCAAACCAGCCUCUAGGCUGCUUCCUUAUUCGUGUCAGUGGAAGUAGAGAAGGAUACACACUCACAUUUCGAGGUGUGGAUCGUUGCCGACACUAUAUGAUUGAAAUGCAGCCUAAUGGGAAGUAUGUAAUACUGGGAGAAGAUAAGGCCCACCCAUCACUGCCAGACUUGGUGGACUAUUACAAAACUGUUGGAAUUCAGCCAUUCAUGGAGGUCCUCACUACACCUUGUGGUCAAAAAUGUGACCAUGAGCCAGAUUAUGAAGAGCUCAGAAAUUUUUCAGUGACAACCAACCCUCAAGACAAAUCAAGUUUUAGUACUGCAUCCGAUAACUCGACACAUGACCGAGUGCACAAUGAGCUGUCUAAGCUUUUCAUACCACCUGAUUCACCGUUGUCACUCCAGCCUCAAGUGCCUCCAGUGAUGAGAAAGAUCACAGACAGAAAGCUUCAGGCUGCUGCUUCUGGGGGCUCAGCUGCGAUGAACUCAGAGAACUGGAUUGAGGAUGAGCAUGAAGGAGGCAAACGCACAUUCCCAAGGCUGUACCCUUCAAUACGCUUGGCAAUGAGGGAGAUUCAACAAGUUCAUGAGCAACAAUCUAUGUUUCAUGGCCCUAACAGUGGAGAGGAAUUUGUGCCACACCUCCCUCCGAAGCAGUUUAGGGAGCGACAUAGAAUUCCAUUACUAGGAUCAGAACACUACGAUAAAAAAUAAAUGGCUGAAGAUUUCAAGUGUGUGUCAACAUGUGGCCGAAGAGAGAUGAUACUUUCGAUAUGUUUAUCACUAUAAAAUAAAAUGCUUCUAUUUCUCUGAGAUAAGAUACAAAGUUUAUCUUGACCUGCGUGUGCAGGGCAUAUGAUGUACGGUCUCCAAUGAGUAUUUUGCACAAUUCUAUUUUUGAAUAGAUUUUUCACAUUACAAAGUAUUGUUAAUAAUUGCAAAAAGCUGCUUAUUCUGAUGUGUUUAUAUUUUCACUCCAUUCAUGUUCUGUAAUUAGCUUUUUUGUAUGCCAGUGAUCUGUUCUUUAAUGUGUAUGCAGGAAAAUAAUUUGUACAACUAUUAAAAAUGACAAUGUGAGUAUCAAA